AUGGCCGAGCCUUCGGUUUGCAGCCAGGACUUCCAACAAUUGAAGUACAUUAAUUUCAGUAACUGUGAAUCGUUGGUUCAUAUGACCGAUCUUUCUUAUACUCCAAAUCUUGAGGAAUUGGUUCUCUGUGAUUGCAAAAACUUGGUAGAAGCCCACGAGUCUAUUGCUUAUCAUGACAAGUUACAGUUGUUGAAUUUAAGUGGGUGCAGAAAAGUUGACAGUUUCCCUGAUAUUCCACGUAAACUCAAAGGCUUGAAAAGGCUUUGUUUACAUGAGACCGCUAUUAAAGAACUACCUACAUCAAUAGAAAAUCUUGUCUCUUUGAAAAUAAUGAUUUUAAGUAAUUGCAAGAACUUGGCAAGUCUUCCUUCUAGUAUUUACAAGUUACAAAACAUUGAAAUCUUGGAACUUUCGGCUUGCACAAAUUUAAUAGGAUUUCCAGAGUAUGAGGAUUCAGUUGAUCCGUGCAUGAAGACUGGACUUUCAAAUUUACUCUUUUUAAAUCUUGGGACAUGUAAUUUGUCCGGAAUAGAAUUUCUCGAGAAUCCUUCCUGUUUUCCCAUCUUGCAACAUUUAAUUCUGGCAGAGAGCAAUGUUACUAGCCUUCCUACAUCUAUUCAUAAGCGUAAUCAUUUAUCCGUAUAUGUAAAUUCAUAUGCCUGUCAAUUACAAGAGAUACCCGAGCUUCCACCAUUUUUGAAGCAUAUUUCGGCGAAUAAUGGAGAUUCGUUUUCACCUUCUAUUCUUGUCCGUAGAGUGUUGACAGUGGCUGACAUUCCCUCGCUGGACCAGAUGCCUCCUGAUAACACAAUUUGGCUCCCUGGAGGAGAGAUGCCAAAGUGGAUCCUCCCUAUUGAAGAGAGUUCCGUAUCAUUCAUGGCUUCAAAGGACUUGUAUGACAAGUUUCUUGGAUUGACUCUUUGUGUCGUUUUCAAUAAUGAUAGACAGGCACAAAAUCAAAUAUUUCAGAUUUUACCACAUGUGAAUGGCGAAAUGAGGGAUUGCAAAGGAGGAAUCAACUUCUUGGCAUUAGAUUUGGAUCAAAUCUUGCUUUGGUAUUUCACACCAUAUGAUCUGUGGGGAGAAGUCGAUUUUGGUCAAAUUGAUGGGAGUUAUGUACACUUUAGCCUUACAGUAUUGGCUACAAAGGCAAAAAAGUGGGGAUGCCGAAUAAUAUGCAAGUCACUUGAUGACAAUUUAAAGGUUGGGAUUCAAAACAAUCGGCUAAUCAAUCCAGCUUUACUCCACGAGGUUGUUCUUGAAUCAACAGAUUUAAAAGUUGAGGGUCCACUUAUGCACAAUGAUAGUUUGAUCGAAACAGAGCUACGGAAAAACUUGCAGGAUUGCCAAAGGAGUAGUGAGGAACAUAGUCAAAUAGUAUCAAAGGGAAAUCCUAAGCUUAUUCUUCCUCAUGGCAUGCGAACCAAGACUAUGCCGACUUCCAAUUCGACCGGCAGAGAUGAGGAUGGCAGUGUUGGCUUGCAGCUUUUGUUGUUGGGAUGA